CGUCAACAUGGCAGCAGCAUAUUCGGUUUUCUCAUUAAUUUGAGCCUUCUCUCCGCCUGCUCUCUGUGCACCCAACCUUCCAGAUGGCUGCCCCGUGCUUUCUGACGAGCUUGCAUGUCAAAAAAACAAACUCUAUCAAUCUGGAGCGGCACCACAUGGCAAUAUGAGGUGCGUUCCUUUAGAAGACGCCCGAUCAAACUACCGCCUUCUUUGCCAUGUCUUCUAAUGACUCCCGAAUCCAACCUCUGCCCCCCGAUGUAGUGGCAAAGCUCAAAUCCUCCACGGCCAUCACACACUUGAACGGGGUCAUUGUGGAACUAGUUAAGAAUGCCUUGGAUGCAGAUGCUCGCAUCAUCUACAUUACGGUUGACUUCCUUCGUGGGGGCUGUAUAGUCGAGGAUGAUGGGAAUGGGAUCCCACCAGCCGAGUUCGUACCCGAUGGGGGACUGGGAAAGGCGCACCAUACUUCCAAAUACCAUUCAAGUCAGGACGUACAUGGUCGCAGGGGGCUGUUUCUGGCCUCACUCUCUGCCCUCUCUCUGUUGACAAUUACUUCGCAUCACGUUCGCCAUCCGAGCACAAAUACCCUCACUUUUCACCACUCGACACCCGUUGCCCGGUUGAUGCCCGCUCCGGGAUACCAGGAGCUAAGGUUCAGCGCCCAUGGCACCAGUGUCACAGUCAAUGACCUGUUUGGGAACAUGCCUGUGCGUGUCAAAAGCCGAGCUUUGUCUCUCCAGAGACCAGAUGAAUUGGAACGGCAGUGGGAGGAACUCAGGCACCUUCUCGUGUCAUUUAUGGUUGCAAAUGACCAAAUGGCGAAAUUGGUGGUUUCCGACCCUCAUAGAGUGAAAAGACUCGCAAUUUAUCCUCAAACCCGUGUGCAACUACGCGACGGGGAACUUGAUCUCUCACGCAUUCGCUCCAUCCUAGCUCAGUCGGGACUGAUCGAGGCCCAGAGUACUAGCGUCUGGGAUAUUGUAUCGGCCAGCGUCGCUGACUUUUCCAUUCAUGCAGCCGUAUCCCUAACGCCUAGCCCCACGAAGAAGGUCCAGUUUGUCUCUCUAGGAUCAGAUCCGGUAUUCGCAAGGAACAACGCCAACCUGAUCUAUACUGAAGUCAACCGCCUUUUUGCUUUGUCGGAUUUUGGAACUGUCAGAGGUUCUCCGGCCCGAGCUGUAACCGGUGAUGGUGCUGGCCAAAGCAUGCAUAGUAAAACUAUGUCCAAAACAGUUAACAAAUGGCCUAUGUUCUAUAUACGUAUAAACACCCGUGAUGUGUGGACUAUUGACGGUGAAGGGCAGGACCUUCCUGAGUCAGAAAAGUCUCUUCAGCGCAUCAUAGAUGUGCUUUCAACAACGAUCAACGAGUUCCUAAGGCAGCGUGGUUUGCGCCCUCGAGCUGGAAAAAGGAAGAGAGGCACACCCAGAAUACCAUCGGCGACUACAAGUCCGCGCAAUCUGGGGGCUAAAAGGCCGCUCUCUCCGGAGAGCGCAGCUUCCUGCACGGAAGAAGCUCUGCGCCAUCAACACAAACUUCCCUCUUUCCGAAGACCGCCCAAUAUCAGUCACCAUUUUGGUGACUGGACCAGGAUCAAAAGUGCAAAGAGGGACACGGCAGGGACGCGUCUCCCUUUGCGUGGCCUCGAAUCCAACUCGACACGCCGUUCAGAAAAAAGGUCUUCCGCGCUGGCUGAAGACCGUCCAGACCAGGAGCCUGCGCUCCCUUCUGAACAUGGUGGCGAUGAGGGCUCUACCAUCGAGCCCGGUCCCUCUGGACAGCAGGAACCAGGCACGGAUAAGGGAAUACCGACUGGUACUCAAGAAGUGCCAGAGGUCGAUACCAUGGUGCCUUGGGUCGAUCCCUACAUGGGAAGAAGCCACUUGAUCAAUUCAAGGACUGGUCAGUCCAUACUCGUCGGGCCUUCGGUGGAAAUGGCUUGGACGCUGCGGCCCCGGUCAGCUGGCUCCCGAGCAGCGCCAAACCGGGCUCUCGACGGCAUCAAGCGACCAAAGUCCGCACCUCUGCGUAGGACCGAGAACAAAUGGAUUGAAACUCUUUUGGACAAUUGGAUAAACCCGGUUUUUGGUCGCCCCGAGAAGCCUAUCAAUGCUAUGGAAGCCAGUGCUGGUAACGAGGCAAUUCGCCCGGGAUCUAGUUCGCAUGAUCAUCGGGGUGACCUAUGCGGCCUGGACAGCAUCGGAGUGUCGAAGUUUCGAGGCAAGUUACGCAAACAGGACCUGAAAACCGCAGAAGUCAUCGCCCAGGUGGAUCAGAAAUUCAUCCUGACCAAGAUGCGAACUUCAUCCAGUACUUCCCUUGGUGAUCCGGCAUCAAGUCUCAUCUUGAUCGACCAGCACGCAGCCGACGAGCGAUGUCGGGUCGAGGGACUUUUGGCAGAGUUGUUCGCUUCUAGCGAUAGCCCCGGUCGCAUCCAGACCAUGCCAUUGGACCCCAUCAUUUUUGAGAUACCCGCCACGGAGGCGUCUCUUUUUGGACGGUAUAGGGAAUUUUUCAGGUUUUGGGGUGUAGACUACACCUUGGAACAAGGACCCAAAGACGCCAACAUCUUCAUUUUUGUGUCUACUCUGCCCACACUUAUCGCCGAGCGCUGCCGCGCCGAGCCCCAGUUGGUUACGGACCUCAUCCGCGGAGAGAUCUGGCGACGCGAAGAAGAGAACGGACGCGGCCGACCAGGCCUUCCAACCGGGUUGAGCGACCGAGCAGACACAAAUCUAGAUAAAGGCAGUUGGGUAGACCGCCUCGACGGCUGUCCUCGCGGGAUCAUCGACCUACUCAAUUCUCGUGCGUGUCGCACCGCCAUUAUGUUCAAUGAUGUUCUGGAUCGAGACGAAUGCCAGAGUCUGGUCCGACGGCUCGCCGAUUGCGUCUUUCCCUUUCAGUGCGCGCAUGGUCGCCCAUCCAUGGUACCUAUUUUGGAUCUGGGUGCGGCGUUGGAUCAGACUCCGUCCGAUGAGGAUGGAGAUGAGUAUGAGGGGCUGGGGUUUGUAGAUGCGUACAAACGUUGGCAGGAUGGGAAGGCUGAUUAGGAUAUGUGUACAUGCUUGUUAUGCACAAGUUACCUUGAAGUAGAUCCAGCCCAUGAGAUGCUAAGCGUUAGGUAUACCAUGCUACAUGCUUACGAUAGGCAAAGAUAUGACAAGAUCCAAUCAAGAUCAGAGUGAUCCAUUAGUCAGAGACGACUCGUAUGUUGCAAUGUGGUAUAUACAGAAAUAGUACAGGCUCCAGCCAAAUAUCCAU